AUGACCACCCUCCCCUCAGUACUGGCCAUGGACGGGGAGAACUACCUGCAUCCAGAAGGCCCUCAGCUUGACACCAGCUUGUUCUCAGUAGCCUCUUCAAACAUGGAGAGUUCUCUCUUUGCCUCUUCUGGCUCGUGGAGAUCCUUCUCACAGCAGGCGGGAUACAACAUGCACUGCCCUAUGCAAUCUGGAAACCAGCAAUAUCUCUUGAACAACAGCAACUCUACCGCAGCCACUACGCCCGAUGUACACCUUGACAUGUUCUCUGCUUUCUCAGACAUGGAUUUUUCCUGCCUCAACCUCCCCAGGAACGGCGAUUUCUCCCAGGAUCUGUCCUGCAUCGAUGACCUCUCCACCAAUUCCUUGUUCUCCUCUCCGACCGACUCGCUCUCAGAGUAUGCUGACGCCCAGUCCUUCAUCAGCACUGACCACCUGGACACGGUGCCCACACUCUGGGAUGUCAGCACAAGUAACACCGGCAUCACUACACCAGCACAGAGCCAGCUGGAGCUGAAAGGUUCCAGCAGGUUUCAGGGCUUGGCCAGUUUGGAUGAUAUAACCGCUAUAAUCAGCACUCCACCUUUAGGAGGAUUUCAGACUCAGAGAGCCCAGUCACCCCCAGAGGAGGAGGAGGAAGCAGAGGAAGAGGAUUCAGAGGAACUGGGCCAUGUCGACACGUAUGCUGAGUACAGACCAUCCAAAUCUACUAUUGGAAUUUCCCAUCCCGACAUAGUGGUGGAAACCAACACGUUGUCUAGUGUCCCCCCUCCGGACAUCACAUACACUCUGUCUAUACCCGAAUCCACCAUUAACAGCGGCCUGCUGUCCGCCCUGCAGCUAGAAGCCAUCAUCUACGCCUGUCAGCAACACGAAGUUAUCCUACAGAACAACCAACGAGCAGGGUUCCUGAUUGGGGAUGGGGCCGGUGUGGGAAAGGGACGUACUGUUGCAGGAAUCAUUCUGGAAAACUACCUUAAGGGAAGGAAAAAAUCACUAUGGUUCAGCAUAUCCAAUGACCUGAAAUUUGAUGCAGAACGAGAUCUCAAAGACAUAGAUGCACCCACUAUUCCUGUGCAUGCCUUAAACAAAAUUAAGUAUGGAGACACAGCUACCUCAGAAGGAGUCCUCUUUGCGACCUACUCUGCGCUGAUUGGCGAAAGCCAAGCGGGAGGGCAGCACCGCACGCGGAUUAAGCAGAUCCUGGACUGGUGCAAGCCGGAUUUUGACGGAGUUAUUAUUUUUGAUGAAUGCCACAAAGCCAAGAAUGCUACGUCGACAAAGAUGGGCAAGGCAGUGCUUGAUCUGCAAAACAAGCUGCCGCGGGCCAGAGUGGUGUAUGCCAGUGCCACAGGUGCCUCUGAGCCAAAGAACAUGAUCUACAUGAGCCGCCUUGGUAUCUGGGGUGAGGGCACGCCCUUCAGGGCCUUCGAUGACUUCCUGCACGCCAUCGAGAAGAGAGGGGUUGGUGCCAUGGAGAUUGUUGCCAUGGAUAUGAAAGUGAGCGGGAUGUACAUAGCCAGGCAGCUGAGUUUCUCAGGGGUGUCAUUCCGGAUUGAAGAGAUCGGAUUGGACAGCGACUUCAAGCUGGUCUACAAUAAAGCCGCCAAAUUGUGGGCGGAGGCACUGCAGGUCUUCAUGCGUGCCGCCGACGAGCUGGGCCUGGUUAGCAGGAAGUCCCUGUGGGGCCAGUUCUGGUCGUCACACCAGCGUUUUUUCAAAUACCUCUGUAUCGCUGCCAAGGUCCGCUGCCUGGUGGAGUUGGCUAAGAAAGAGCUGGAGGCAGGAAAGUGUAUUGUCAUUGGCCUGCAGUCUACCGGGGAGUCACGCACUAGAGAAGUUUUAGAUGAGAAUGACGGCCAUCUUGACAGAUUCGUCUCUGCCGCUGAGGGAGUUUUCCAGUCCCUUGUUACCAAACACUUCCCUUCUGAGAAGCAGCGGCGGGAGAAAGCACCCGGGGUCAAAAGAAAACGUAAGCCUCGAGCUCGCCAUCCCAAAGUACCCAAGCACUCGGUGGACAGCGGCGGUAUCAUUAGCAUUAACAGCGAUGACAGCAGCACUGACUCUGAUGGCAUGGACACCGAUUCCAACUCCUCGCCUGACUCGCUGCUAGACAACGAUGAUGUAAUCUUUGUCAACCAUACCAACUGCCACACUGGUAAGUGUUGUUGUCAUUAUUGUCAUGGUGAAGUGACACCCAGCACUGUGUCUGACAUUCUCUCAUGUGGAUAUUCAGUCCGAAUUGAGGAGAUGAAACAGGAUCUUUUGAACAAGAUAGCAGAACUUGGAAAAGAACUACCUCUCAACACACUUGACGAGCUCAUUGAUAAGUUUGGAGGGCCUGAUAAAGUCUCUGAGAUGACUGGGCGUAAGGGUCGUGUGGUGCGACGUCCUGACGGUAGCGUCCGUUACGAGUCACGCGCUGAGCAGGGUCUUACCAUCGACCACAUCAACAUCAAGGAGAAAGACCGCUUUAUGAGUGGAGAGAAGCUGGUAGCCAUCAUCUCCGAAGCAGCCAGCUCUGGAAUUUCCCUGCAGGCGGACAAGCGGGUGAAAAACCAGCGGCGGCGUGUCCACAUGACAUUGGAGCUACCUUGGAGUGCAGACAGGGCCAUUCAGCAGUUUGGUCGUACCCAUCGGUCCAAUCAAGUGACUGCUCCAGAGUACAUCUUCCUCAUCUCUGAGUUAGCCGGUGAAAGACGGUUCGCUUCCAUUGUGGCAAAGAGACUGGAGAGCCUGGGUGCGUUAACGCACGGUGACAGAAGAGCGACUGAGACCAGAGACCUGAGCAAGUACAACUUCGAAAACAAGUAUGGUACCAAGGCGCUGGAUAAAAUCACCAAAGCAAUCCUGGGGCACAUUGAGAACAAGGUGCCUGUGCCCAAAGGUUACCCUGGAGGUGACGCCAUGUUCUUCAGAGAUAUGAAACAUGGAAUGAUGGAUGUGGGCAUUUUCUGCCGGGAACCACGUUUUGGCAUUAACACAGAGAAAGACUGCAGCAUCACCAAAUUCCUAAACCGAAUCCUCGGCCUGGAGGUCCACAAGCAGAACCAUCUCUUCCAGUACUUCACCGACAAUUUUGACUACCUAAUUGAGAAGGACAAGAAGGAGGGAAAAUACGACAUGGGCAUCUUAGACCUAGCUCCAGGUAAUGAUGAGAUUUACGAGGAGCAGCAGGAAACCUUCAUGACAGUGGGAAACCCUCAGGAUGGCCAGGUGGUUCUUUACAAGAUCAGUGUUGAUAGGGGCAUGCCUUGGGAUGAAGUCAACAACAGAUUUGUCAAUCUCACUGGUGCUGACGAGGGCUUCUAUCUGUCACUAAAGCUACGAGGUAACCAGCCGUGCGUUUUACUCGCGGAGCAAGGGAGAGGCAAAAACUUCAUUGUCUAUAAGCCCAACAUCGGCAAGCAAACUCACCCCGAGAGCCUCGACCAUCUCCUGCAACGCUAUCGAAAGGUGACUCCAGAGGAGGCCAAGGACUGCUGGGAGAGCCAGUUCAGCUUCUCAUUAAAAAAGUGUAGCCAUGCCAACUGGAACGGCAAGUGUAAGAAGGUCGAGGAAGGCCAGGAGUGCUUCCAGGGCAUGCGCCUCCGCCAGUACCACAUGCUAUGCGGCGCUCUGCUGCGUGUGUGGAAGCGCGUGUCCGACGUCGUGUCCGACAUCACCAGCUCCAGCAUCCUGCAGAUUGUUCGACUCAAAACCAAGCAGCACAACAAGCAAGUUGGCAUCAAGAUCCCCGAGAACUGCGUGGCCCGGGUGCGCGACGAGCUCCUGCAAAUGGACAACGAGGUGAAGCGACGGCGCAAGGAGCGCGAGAAGCAGGCCUUGGAGCAGCGUCUGGCCGAGGAGCGCAUGCGUAAAAUGGAGCAGGACAACAAGCAUCUGCUGGCUAAUUUGUUCAGCCAGAAAGCCAUGCCCAACCAGUCUCUGGCUCAGUCGCUGCUCCACAGCCAGCUCUUCAAACAGAAACUGAACCCGCUCCAAAAGACACAGGUAGGGGGCAUCUCUCAGUUACAGAGGAUGCAGGCUGUGUUACAGCAGCAGCAGCAGCACCCUCAGAGUCAGGGCCUGCUUCCUUUACCGAGGACAAGCGGGUCCCAAGUGACACCGAGCGGCUGGCCCUGCAAGUCAGCCGCCUCUAAACAGCCCGCAGCGCGCAAUGCAGUCAUCCACGGCGCCAACUUCUCCCAGUACUACCCGCAGUCCUUCUUAUCCUCCUUCCCGCAGCCCGUCCCCCUCCACCAGACUCCACGCGUAACUUCCCAAAAGGCCCAGGAUGAGAUUCUGGACCUAACCGUCAGCUCGCCGUCACCCUCCCCGGACAGCACCGAGGGCGGUCUGAGCGGACGCGGCGUAGCGUUCGCCGACGAUUUCAACUUAGAGUCGCUCAUUUCGCAGACGACCGCUCAGCUCCCGCCGCCUCAGAAUCACAACCACCAAGAUUUCCUAGAUUUAUUCGACCUGCCGCUUUCGCCGCAGUUGCCCGCCGCACAGAAACCGAGCCCUUCCUCCUCAUCAUCCGUGUCCUCCCUAAUCCAGACUUCGCUUUUUUCCAACGCCCCGUCGUCUUCGUCGCAGUUCGCCCCGGCUCGCUUCGGAAACUAUCUCCUCCCCCAGUCGGACUCGCUCACCUUACCCAACGGCCACUGCGGCUCGGGCGCUCUGGACGCACGCGAGGCGCUGAACAGCAUGCUGCAAGGGCCGGGUCCUGACCGCAAAUCCGUCAUUCACUACCGCCAGCAAGACUGA